GCGGCCGCCGCGCUCCCGGCCCCGGGUGGCGGCGGCGGCGGCGGCGGCGGCGGAGGAAGUUCCCGCUUCGCCUCCACCCCGGUAGCAGCUUCGCGGCCGGGGACAGCUUCCCCCGACGCCCCGCAGACCUUGCUGCCGCCGCACGCCUGUCCCAGGACCAUGGGGCUGCCCAGGGGCCCGGAGGGCCAGGGGCUCCCGGAGAGCUAGCAUAGUGUACUCGAUUCUGGAAAGAAAUGGAAUCCACACCGCACCUCUUCCCCGCUCCUAAGCAAGCGUGUGGCAGGAUCGAUUGCUUGACUCGGUAGAAACAAGAGAAGAUGAAGAACAAAAUGUCAAGCUAACUGAAAUUCUGGAGCUUUUGGUGGCAGCUGGGUAUUUCAGGGCAAGAAUUAAAGGUUUAUCACCUUUUGACAAGGUAGUAGGAGGAAUGACUUGGUGCAUUACCACUUGCAGCUUUGACAUAGACGUUGAUUUGCUCUUUCAGGAAAACUCUACAAUAGGACAAAAAAUAGCGCUAUCAGAAAAGAUCGUCUCAGUCCUGCCAAGGAUGAAGUGUCCACACCAGCUGGAGCCCCACCAGAUCCAGGGCAUGGAUUUUAUUCAUAUAUUUCCUGUUGUUCAGUGGCUGGUGAAGCGAGCUAUAGAAACAAAGGAAGAGAUGGGCGACUACAUCCGCUCCUAUUCCAUAUCCCAGUUCCAGAAAACCUACAGUCUCCCUGAGGAUGAUGACUUCAUAAAGAGGAAAGAAAAGGCCAUCAAGACAGUCGUUGAUCUUUCAGAUGUCUACAAGCCCCGUCGGAAAUACAAACGCCAACAGGGAGCAGAAGAGCUGCUUGAUGAAGAAUCUCGAGUCCAUGCAACGCUUUUGGAAUAUGGCAGGAGAUAUGGAUUUAGCCGCCAGAACAAAACAGAGAAGGCCGAGGACAAGAAGACAGCACUUCCCACAGGACUCUCAGCUUCAGAAAAAGCUGAUGCCCAUGAGGAGGAUGAGCUUCAAGCUGCUGAAGAGCAGCGUAUUCAGUCACUGAUGACCAAGAUGACCGCCAUGGUGAAUGAAGAGAGCCGCCUCACCGCCAGCUCCGUGGGCCAGAUCGUGGGACUCUGCUCUGCCGAGAUCAAGCAGAUUGUGUCCGAGUAUGCAGAGAAGCAGUCUGAGCUGUCAGCCGAAGAAAGUCCAGAAAAAUUAGGAACCUCCCAACUACAUCGUCGAAAAGUCAUCUCCUUGAACAAACAGAUUCUGCAGAAGACCAAACAUCUGGAAGAGCUGCAGGCAAGUCAUACCAGCCUACAAGCCAGAUACGAUGAAACAAAGCAAACUCUGACAGAGCUGAAGAGUUACAGUGAGAAACUGGACAAAGAACAAGCAGCCCUGGAGAAGAUAGAAUCCAAAGCUGAUCCAAGUAUCCUGCAGAACUUGAGAGCACUCGUAGCCAUGAAUGAAAAUCUGAAAAGUCAGGAACAAGAGUUUAAAGCACAUUGUCGAGAGGAGAUGACACGGCUGCAACAGGAAAUUGAGAACCUGAAAGUUGAGAGAGUGCCAGGCGGAGAUGAAAAGACCCUGUCUGCUGGAGAGCCACAUGGUACCCUAACCCCUGUGAUGACUCAUAAUGAAGACCUAGACAGACGGUAUAACAUGGAGAAAGAGAAACUUUACAAGAUCCGUUUACUACAGGCUCGAAGAAAUCGAGAAAUAGCAAUUUUGCAUCGAAAGAUUGAUGAAGUACCCAGCCGAGCUGAGCUAAUACAGUAUCAGAAGAGAUUUAUUGAACUCUACCGCCAGAUUUCAGCAGUGCACAAAGAAACCAAGCAGUUCUUCACUUUAUAUAAUACUCUGGAUGAUAAAAAGGUUUAUUUGGAAAAAGAGAUUAGCUUGCUGAACUCAAUUCAUGAGAACUUCUCACAAGCCAUGGCCUCCCCUACUUCCCGGGACCAGUUUUUACGUCAGAUGGAACAGAUCGUAGAAGGAAUUAAGCAGAGCAGAAUGAAGAUGGAAAAGAAGAAGCAAGAGAACAAAAUGAGAAGAGAUCAGUUGAACGACCAGUACUUGGAACUGUUAGAAAAACAGAGGCUGUACUUUAAGACUGUGAAGGAGUUCAAGGAGGAGGGCCGCAAGAAUGAGGUGCUGCUGUCCAAGGUGAAAGCCAAGGCCUCCUGAAAAUUCCUAGACAUCAGCGUAUGUCACUGAUUUUUUUUUUUAACUCCAUAUAGCAACCCCAAGAUGGAGAGAGAUGGUUCUGAACACUACAGUAGAGACGCAAGUGUCAUAAUCUCAACACCUGGAUAUUUUCUUUCUCCCAUCUGCUUCCAUUUCAUCUCUCUGUUGUUGACGGAAUCAGGCAGUGUAAACAUGAUGGCUUGGAUAACACCUCUUCUCCUGUGAAGAAACACAAGCAGUUUUUAUUCUGUAUCAGUUCAACUUUUAUUUCUCCAGUAACAUCACACAUAUGAAGGUACCUGUAUUUGUAUGGACUCUCUGAAUAAAAAGGAAUUCAUUUGUUCAGCAGAUGUUAAUUGAGCAACCAGUGAGAAGUAAGCACUGAGGGAAACAGAGGUAUUAAACCCAGGCCCUGCAUCUCAGGCAUCCAGCAGGUGGCCCGGGGAGCAGAAACAGCCCACUUGACCUCAGAGCUUGGUCGCCUGAGAUAGAUAGAUGAUAGAUAGAUAGAUAGAUAGAUAGAUAGAUAGAUAGAUAGAUAGAUGGAUGUUAGAUUUUUUUUUAAGUAAACAAAGGCUUUUAGCUGAAUGACCAGCCCAUGUGAGUGUUGGUCACAUGGGCCCUUCACUCACCCUUGGUGCCUUUUGUUCCUGGCUCCUUGAGAUGCCAGCCAGCAACAAGCAUGAAAGCUCAGUGGCUGCCGUUGAUUUAAUUCUUACACACUACUCGAGUUUCUUUCACCAAAAAUUGAAAACAGGGGCCUCAUAUUGAGGACACCUCCCCAAAUGACCCCUUAAUAUGCCCUCCUUCUCACAUGAGUCCCAGCCAAACGUGGGUGGUCUUGUGCAUCCCUCCUCAUUAUGAGCACACCCUUGUGCUCCACAUUCCAGACAGGUCAUGGACUAAGUGCAGACACAAGACACACACCAGUCAGUGAGGUCCAGGGCAGUAUGUGGUAAAUGCCAGAGCAACUGGCCAUGAGCAGGAACCAGAGGACAUUGGAGGAAGAAGAGCAGGGAGGUGUGCAGAAACCCAGGAUACUUCGUGGGGGAGGUAGGAUUGCAAAUGAACGGGGAGUUGCAUUUUAAUAAACAGAGAUAGGUGGGAAGGCCCCUUUGGAUAAAGUACGACUGUAAUUAGAAACUGAAAAGCGCAUAGGGGGAGAGUACCAGCAUGCUUGUUGGGAAAGGAGAGGUCAGGCCUGUCUCUGCAGGAAAGGCAGACUGGAGGCCUCAGGAAAUGAGCAGUCCAAACCAGACAUGGAGCCCCUCCCGCCCUGGCAGCCCAGGAUCUGGCAACACAGCCAGGUUCAGUUAACCCCAGUGUGACGUUUGUGCUUCGUUCUGUGUAAACCUCACACACAGACUGCUCAGCAACCUCUGACCAUGAAAAAUAAAAGCUGAUGCAUGUCAGGCAAAUAAGGGCAUUUGGUACAGUCAUGGGAACAUCAUGCUCACUUUUAACUCUCUAAUGUCUGCAUUAAGUAAAUCUGACAUGGGCACACCUAAAAAAAUCUCAUGCCAGAUUACCAACAGCCAUUGGUUUCUGUGCCCGGGAGCAAGGCCGGUCUGCUGAGCAUGGCUGCCCCCAGAGCUGAGAGGAAGCAGCAGAGGUUGAAGUGGUGCUCCCCGUGUGCUCAGCAUGCCCCUCCUGGGCCAGGUACAUCUUCCUCAGCGGCUCCCAUGGCCACGGUCAUCUGCAGACUGAUUUUGAAAGGGGCCUGUGAAGUUGAAGCUAGUGCUUGCUAGAAAGCAGGUGGCACUCUGAGGGCAAGGGAGGGGACAGCAGUGUAACUACAGAAUCUUCCAGGUUCAGGGAAACAUCGAUGUUUUCUUGUUGAGAAACUCUUAGACCCCACUCCCUAGCAACGUUUUGAGUGGUUAUGAAAUUGUCUAUUUGUCCAAAGGCGGUAGGGAGGAGGAGUGGGUUAUAUUCUGGGGCUCUGUAGCCCGCCUCUCUGCUAUCAGGGAAAGUAUGCCGUGACUAAUCCAAAGCAACUACUUAAUAACCCUUUUUAAAAGUGAGGGCAUCUAUUGGGCUAUGUUUCCAAAGUAUUUCAUUUGAUUUGGUUUUGGUAUAGGAGUUAUCAGAAGAUCUCUUUUCCCCUUAUAAUCCACAAAGCCUAAUACAGAUAACAAAUUCAUUCCUAUUCCUUGGACACAUCUUAAAUUAGACUGCCGGAGGCAGUUUUGAGAACUGCAUGUUUGCCACAGAUGACCUCCAGCGUGGAUGGUGCCUUUGUGAGUAAUUAGGACAGCAAGCGUGCCUUAUAGUCAGGCCUUACAGGCUGAAGUGAUGCCCCAAAGGCCCCCUUCAUUUCAGAAGCCACUCAGGAGAGUGCCUCCCAGGACAUCUUGUGUGCCCAGAGUAUGGCUGGGUAUUGAGCUAAGUGCAGAGACUUUUCUGGAUUAAAAUAAAAAAUGCCUAAGUUACUUUUAUGAAAUGUGUGCUUCCGGAGGAAUGAGGUUUCCCCGGGAAGCCUUUAGCCACCCCCUUCUGUCAGAGCCGUGAGCUUGCUAACAUGGCAGCCUUCCCGGGGCCGGCCGCCCAGGACCCUAGCACUCUCUGCCAGCAUCUGCAUCGGGCACCACCUCCCUACACGCGUCUCAUGGAGUACCCGGGGCAGCCUUGAUCUAAACCAAAAUCAGAGCUGCUGAGCAGUACAGACUAGAGGACCACAAGGUGUCUAGGAAGACAUUUGGAUGUAUUUCUUCUUGUCCUUGCCCUGGAUUCGGUCUCAUGGGUCCCUGGGGUCAGCUCAUUGUACUAGAGUGAGAUGCCAAAUGUUAGAGAACACUGCCAAGAUGAGACGUUGGAGUGAGUUUCCUUUUUGAACAGAGAGGGCAGAUUGCAGGUUUGUCGGGCCUGAGUUCUUGUUAGGGUCUCGUGUAUGAUUUUCACUGGGUUCGGUCCAUUGCCCAUAUUCUGUGGGUAGCCACGCCCUGCCAGUGUCUACUGAAGCAGGACCAGAAGGCCGGGGAGCUGGUACAGACAGCAGGCCUUGCUCAGGCUGAGGAAGCACUCCUUGGCAAGCAGUGUAGUAGCCCUUGGGACCUCCCAAACCAGGAGCAGAGGACGGGGCAGUCCUCAGGCAGCCCUCUACUACCUGGCAAAGCACCAUCCCCGUGAUCUCUGGUUGAAUAUCGAUGGAUCACAUCUGUAGUGACCAAAGCAGACCUGCCAGAAAAGGCACUAUGGACCAUAGGCACGCGUGGCUGGUAAACAUGGGCCGCCUUGAUUUCUGUCACCUGGACGUGGCCUUGUCUUGCCCUCUCUACAGGUGACUGGUGUACAUGGGAAGUAGAUAUGCUAGCAAUAAACUUUAACAGGUACUUCGGCUGAGGCUGAGGGGCAGUGUUGGUUUGAAGCGUGCUUUGAGGAAGAAUAGUAAGGAAGCGCUUACUUGCGUCCGGGGUUGACUUCAAGGUACAAGCACAUCUGACUGCACAGCAGUCCAGUGAAGAGCCCCAGCAUGGUGAGGUGCCCAUCGUCUGUCUGUGUGCCUGGGCACUAGUCAGGUGGGGUGCCUUAUUGGAAGCAUCCUUGGAGCCCCCCAGGCCUUCUCUCAAUCCUUUUCCCCAAGUCCAGAGCAUUUCUUCUAAUAGCACAUAGCGACAGGCUGAAAAAUACUAUGUAAAAAAUCAUGUUGUCAGGGUCCCCACUCUUCUCAUGAUAAAUGUAUGAAAGCGUUGAGGGGAUCUGGUAACUGGACUAUGGCUCAUUUGACAGUGUGGGGAAUACCACGUCAGUUUUCCACAUCAGCCUUACAUCAGUUCCUCAAAUGCGCCGAGCUCACACCUGCCCAUGGCUGUUGUCCUUGCUGCUUCCUGGACCACUGUCCAUUUGAGGUCAUGGGCAGUGGCUUUCCAGGCAGCCUGACCCGCUACAGACCCACUCGGUGUCUGCCUGCGGCCUCGAUCGCACUCUGCCUUCUCCGCUGUUGUCUCCCUUGGUGGCACAUGCUGCUGUUUGAUCGCUUAGUCCUUUGUGAAGUCUGUUGCCUGCCCACCCCACUCCAGUGGAAGUGUAGUGGAAGCAGGGACCUUGCGGUCCCCCCAGAGUCUGGCUCGGGUCAUUGGCCAGCAAAUUCUGGUCGGAUAAAAGAGCUUCUCUAAAUUGCAACUUGCAUCUCUGGAUUAGCAGAGUUUAGACUGAAACUUUUGUCUGCUUUAUGCUGUGUUUGCAUACGGUGGACGGUUUUAUUCAGCAGCUUGAGAAUCUCAGUGUGUUUGUUAUACUCUAACCUCUAAGGUUCGGAUGUCAGAGGUGUCAGGGGUCUCAAGCCUUUCAAAGAAAUCACCUUCCACGUGUGAUUUUUCUCCCCAGACAGAAGGAAAGAGAGAGGGAACACGCAGAUGUCAGAGAUUAGAUCAUGUUUUGGCUCAAAGUGUGUCAUGAACCUAAGGGUAACUUGACGGGUUGAAAUGACUCAGCCAAUGAAACCAGGAAGUAGGGAGCAGCACUGGGAUGUGGUGUUGGCAGAAGUAUGAACAGUACAAAUCCAUGGAGGACAGUUGGAUAAUAUCAAUGAAAAGUACAAAUGCACAAGCUUUCUGAGCCAGCAAUGCUGCUUCUAGGAAUUGUUUCCAUAUAUGAGGAUUUUUACUGCAGCAUUAUUUGGAAUAGCAAAAAGAUGGAAACUACCACCAACGUAGGACAAUGGUUCAAUAAAUUAUUGGUGAAUCCAUACAAUGGGAUGUUAAACUUAAAAGAACAGAGUCACACUGUAUGUACUGCCAUGGGAUGAUCCCUAAGGUGCAUGGUUCUUGGUAUAGUAGGGUUUGUUAUUAACAAUGGGAAGGGGAUGGAGAAAAAUGUGUGUCAGUGGGUGGACACGUGUGUGUAUGUGGUGUAGACAUGCUCAUCUGUCAUGCAUAUCUGCAUAUGCCUAGACUGUCUGAGAAGAUACACAGGAACCUGACAGCUUUGGUUGCCUCUGGGAAGAGGGGUGGGAAUUACUUUUCACUGUAUAUCUUUUGUACCUUUUGAAUUUUAUACCAUGUACAUGUAUUAUCUAUUCAGAUAAUAAAGUUUUUAAAUUUUAA